UCCAGAAAGCCCCAGGUCACAGGUUUAUGUCAUAAUCAGUGAUGUCAUCAUUGGGUAAAUUCUCAAGCUGCCCUCUGAUUUAAGCCUCUCAAGCCCUGGAGCUGGUGGGACCAAGGAUCUUCCCAAGGGCAGGAUGGCUCUUGACGGCAUGGGGGCCCCACAGGUGGUGACCACAGGGGAGGAGCCUGCCGAGAGAGUGGGUGGACAGGCCUCCCUGCAGACACAGGGCCUCCAGACUGCCUCCUUACAGGAUGGCCCAGCUAAGCAGGCCGUGUGGGUCCGCCGCAGCCCCUCAGGGCCACAAGAACCUACUGAGUCAACAGUUGUCAGGGCGCUGUCCAAGCCAGCAACCAAAGCAGUGGUUGUAGAUAUUGGCACAGGCUACUGUAAAUGUGGCUUUGCGGGGCUCCCAAAGCCUACCCAUAAUAUCUCAUCAACAGUGGGCAAGCCGUACAUGGAGACCGCCAAAACUGGGGACAAUCGCAAGGAGACAUUUGUGGGGAAGGAGCUUGUCAAUCCAGGGGUUCGUCUCAAACUAAUUAAUCCUCUGCGACAUGGCAUCAUCGUGGACUGGGAUUCAGUGCAGGAUAUCUGGGACUAUCUCUUCCACCACGAGAUGAAGAUCGCCCCAGAGGAGCACGCAGUGCUGGUCUCAGACCCACCCCUGAGCCCAUACACCAACAGAGAGAAGUAUGCUGAAAUGCUGUUUGAAACCUUUAGCACUCCUGCAAUGCACAUCGCCUACCAGUCCCGCCUGUCCAUGUACUCCUACGGACGGACCUCUGGCCUGGUGGUGGAGGUUGGCCACGGCGUGUCCUAUGUAGUCCCCAUCUACGAGGGCUAUCCUUUGCCCAGCAUCACCGGACGGCUGGACUAUGCGGGAUCUGACCUGACAGCCUACUUGAUGGGCCUGAUGAACAGUUUGGGGAAACACUUCACAGAGGACCAGAUGGACAUUGUGGAGGACAUCAAGAAGAAAUGCUGCUUUGUGGCCCUGGACCCCACUGAGGAGAAGAAACUCCCACCUACUGAGCAUACAAUCCUGUACACUCUGCCAGAUGGGCAGGAGCUACAUCUAUGCCAGGAAAGGUUCCUCUGCUCAGAGAUGUUUUUCAAGCCUUCUCUGAUCAAAUCCAUGCAGCUGGGGCUCCACACUCAGACGAUGUCCUGCCUUAACAAGUGCGACAUCGCCCUCAAACGGGACCUCAUGGGGAACAUCCUGCUCUGCGGAGGCAGCACUAUGCUAAGUGGUUUCCCUGACCGUCUGCAGAAGGAACUGAGCAGCAUGUGUCCCAAUGACACCCCCCAGGUAAACGUGUUGCCAGAAAGAGACACUGCCGUGUGGACAGGUGGCUCCAUCCUGGCAUCACUUCAGGGCUUCCAACCACUGUGGGUCCAACGCUUUGAGUACGAGGAAUAUGGGCCUUUCUUCCUCUACAGAAGGUGCUUUUGA